CCAGAGGAGGCGCCUAUAUAAGACGUGAAUGGCAGGGAUCAGAUUCGUCAGUUCCCCACAGAGCACACAGUAAGUCGGAUCGUAUUCGUAUUUCGCGGUUGGUUGAAAAGAAGGAAAAAGUUACAAGUUCCAUAAUGGCAAAGUUUGUGGUUUCGUUUGUUCUGUUGCUGGUUGCGGUAGUGAUUAGCGUGCAAGGUCAGGGUCAUGGAGGUGGUCAUGGACACAACGAUGGUGGACACGGAGGCCAUGGCGGAUUCCAGGGCGGCCAUGGGCAUGGAGUGCAGGGCCAUGGAGGACAGGGCCAUGGAGGACAGGUCCAUGGUGGCGGACACGGAUUCGCUCACGAUCAGCACGGUGGCCAGCAUGGAGGCGGCCACGGAUUCGGCGGCCACGGCAAGGCUGGACACGGUCAAGGUCACCAAGGUUACAAGACGCACGGAUACUAAUCAACGCCUCGUUAGCUCGUUAAAAGGAUGGAAUAAACUGUUCCGGUGAUUUACACUUUUUUUUUUUUUUU